GCGUCUCCUCGAAUAUCUCGAAUAGAACGUUUGAAAAAUACCCUGAUAUUAUUCGGCUUCUUUUUAAAUUCGACGGUGUCUGUAUCGCUCGUCGUACGCCGGAUUACACGCAAAGCGACAGCUGAAGCAUUCUGCAUUCGGUGUGCUACGCGUAGGCACCGAGCACAUAUGCACAUCGACUUUAUUCCUUACCUGUAUUAUAUCUUAUGGGAUUUGUUUACACUUGGCGAAGCGCACGGAUCAAUAAUCGUCGCUUUUAGCGCUGGAUAUUACUCCGGUUUCGCUCCUAUAAGAGAUCGCACAGCAAAGGAUACUGUCUUAUCCGCAAGUCCAAAAUCGAUCUUACUCCACAUUAGCUCUCAAGACGAAUUUUCUCCUUUUCGUUUUUUUUUCUCAAAUAGUAGAUCCGUAGUUUUCACACGAUCCGCUAGUUAUUUGCGCGAGGUAUUAAUCGAGCUGUGAGACAAGGAGAAGUUAACACGCUCGCUAAAUCGCUGCAAGUAUAGUCCGCCCCAUCGCAUCACCCCAUGCCAUUUAAAUGUCGUAGCGCGUAGCGUGUUUAUUUAAAUUUUAUAUCGAUCUCACGAUAUCUGCAUAUAUCCAAUGCUCAUCUCCAAACUCUCUUACGCUUUUUUAUACAACACAUAUUGGAUCCGCGUAACGAGAUAUGCGACCUGUGCCUCGCGGCAAGAUAAUGGAAGGUCUCUCCCGUCCUCUCGGAGGAGUGUUUCAAACUGAUUAAAAAGUGAUAUAAAACGAUGAUUUCAAGUGUCAUCCGUAAAAAAUUAAUUGUCAUCAGAGUACGAGCACGUGUUACGAGUGUGACACUUUAUCGGGAGUUUGAUUUUGGUCGUAACGAUUUUUCGAAAACACGCCGAACACACCGCGUGCGGUUUGUCGCGAUUUUAUCGCGGGGCACAGAAGUGCACGAUGAUAAUGCUCCGUCGUUUCGUCCAUUCGCUCGGAUGCGUAUCGUACGAUCGGCGGAAACGACGAUUCGCGAUUAAUCCAUUAUUUAUUAACGUUCGAUCCAUCGACGCGUGCGUUCGAGAGAAUCGAUGAGUCUCAGAAUCAUCUUAUCACGAUGCCUCUAUCAUUCCCGCGCCUCCUUUCCCCCCCGUCCUCUCAUUCAUCGAUGAUCCACCCACGCCGCAAAUUAUAUUAUCCCGGUAAAUUAAAAUGAAAGCGAAAGCGAAUUAACCAAAGCGAAAAAAGAAAAGAAAGAAAAAAAAAGAAAUAAGCAAAGAAAAUACAAAGACCAGCGAUCCUCGGUUCACGGCGACCGAUUUAAUUAAUCGAUUUCUUUUGUUCUGUUCCGGUCAACGUGUUAGAUGGCCCGACAAAUGUGAAGGUCAACAUCUUUCUCCGCUCUAUCAGCAAAAUAGAUGAUUAUAAUAUGGAAUACUCCGUACAAUUAACAUUUCGGGAACAAUGGAUGGAUGAAAGAUUACGGUUUAAUGACUUUGGAGGUAAACUUAAAUAUUUAACUCUGACGGAGGCUAGCCGCGUCUGGAUGCCAGAUUUGUUCUUCUCGAACGAAAAGGAAGGUCAUUUCCACAACAUCAUUAUGCCGAACGUAUACAUACGAAUUUUCCCGCAUGGCUCGGUUCUUUAUAGCAUACGGAUAUCCUUGACGCUCUCGUGUCCCAUGAAUUUGAAACUGUAUCCCCUGGAUCGACAAACUUGCUCACUUCGUAUGGCGAGUUACGGAUGGACGACGGACGAUUUGGUCUUUCUCUGGAAGGAAGGCGACCCCGUUCAAGUGGUUAAGAAUUUACACCUACCCAGGUUCACCCUCGAGAAAUUCCUCACGGACUACUGUAAUAGCAAGACGAACACUGGAGAGUACAGUUGCUUGAAAGUGGACCUGCUCUUCAAGAGAGAGUUCAGUUACUAUCUCAUUCAAAUCUACAUCCCAUGCUGUAUGCUCGUUAUCGUGUCCUGGGUGUCUUUCUGGUUGGAUCAGAGCGCCGUGCCUGCCCGAGUGUCACUAGGCGUUACGACAUUGCUGACAAUGGCCACACAGACAUCGGGGAUAAACGCCUCAUUGCCACCGGUCUCCUACACGAAGGCUAUCGACGUUUGGACAGGAGUGUGCUUGACCUUCGUGUUCGGUGCGCUACUUGAAUUCGCGCUGGUCAACUACGCGUCGCGUAGCGAUAUGCACAGCGACAACAUAAAGAAGCAGUUUCCACAGAACGAGAUGGAACAUUCGUCGUCGAUUGAUCCGUCCUCGGAAUUGCUCGAGCCGGAUGGAUCCGCCAACUUCGCUAUGCAACAGCGGACUCACGGCAGCAAUCCGCCGAUGAUACAACAUCAUUCGCUGCCGCGUGCGUAUCAGCAGAACCAUCAUCAUCAUCAUCAUCAUCAUCAUCAGCAGCAGCAGCAGCAGCACCACCACCAUCAUCAGUUACCUCACCGUCAUCAGCGUUAUCAUCCGAAUCGUUCGCCAUCGCCGACUUUCUCGCUGUUGAACGACGAAGACUGCAUCGCCGACCGAUGUUCGCCGAUGAAAGCAUCGCGACAUCACUCGCAUAAUAGGCCCUCGGCGAGGUCGUCGCCGUCGCGAUGGCCUUCACCAGCAUCAUCAGCGUCGCCUCUGGGCACGCCGAUGCGCGCCGCAACACCUUCGCCGCCGAUCGCUAUACAGAUUUCGUCCACGACACCGCUGCCCAGGUCGGUUAAAGUGCCAUCGAAAACGCGCUACUGGCUGAGGAAAUUGCUUUUUUGUGGAUAUCCGGAUAAUGCCCGCGGCAGCGCUAGAAUCGACUAUAUUGCGCGCUAUGCCUUCCCAUUCAUGUUCAUUCUCUUCAACGUCUUGUACUGGUGUAUUUAUACGGGUCAUGAAGACGACAACGUCGGUAUGGAAAAGUGAAGAAGGAAAGCAUAUACAAAAUCAUGUGUACGAAACCAAGUCGAGUGCGAUCCGUCAAGUCAGAUUAAUCCUUCAAGAAACACCGAGGCAAAUUUUUUUCGAGCUCCAAUUACAAGAUACAUUAAUAUCAACGAUAUUUUGCAAAUCAGAUUACGUUUGCUCGACGAGGACCGACCGGAGGCAUUUCGACGUGGAGAUAAAUCUUCACUGUUCACGCCCGAAACGGAAAUAUUCCAGGACGAGGAUCAUUUAAGGCAACAAGGAUGUUAGCGACGUUUAGUACACAUGUCGCGAUGGUUGAAAUUAUGAAGACGACGAAAUAUAACAUCUUAAUUGUGUAUUAUCUCUCACACAC